AUGUCGCUCGCGACCGCCCGCGCCUCGUUCGCUCCCCAGCGCGCGCGCGCCACCGCGAGUGUCCACCGGCGCUCGCACCGCGUGCGAACCGCGCGCACGGCGACGAGAAUCGAGCGUGAAUCAGAUUGCAUUACUCUGGGCGCGGCGCUCGCGCGACGCUGCGCGGCGCUCGCGCUCGCCCUCGUGAUCUCCACGUCGUCGUGUGAGUCAUCUCUCGCGGCGCUCAACAACCCGAACACGCGGUUACCGCGAAGCGCGAGAGCGGCUCUGAGACGGGCGGUGCCGGCGGUGAACGAAGAGACGAAGUUUGCCCAGACGCGGUUGGAGGACGCGGCGUACCUAUUACGGAUCCCGCAGAGAAAGCCGUGGAGCGCCAUGGCGAAGGACGUGGACGAAAGUCGUCGGGUUUUGAGUGAAAAGAAGGCGGACGUGUUGGCGCCGGUGCAGGAGAAGGAUCGAGAGGAGGCGGAGGCGGCGUACGAACGGUUGACGAACGCGCUGGAGCGACUGAGCCGAGCGGCGGCGACGCAAGAUUUCGACGCGUUCGAUGGACAAAUCGCGAGCGCGUUGGAGGAUUUGAGCGUGUUGCAGGUGGCGCAAGCGCCCGGGUUACCGUUUCAGAUUCCGCAAAAGUACACGGAUCUGCCCAAGCUCGUGGGACGGGCGACUGUGGAAAUCGUCGUGCGGAACAAGGAUGGGUCUAAUUUCGGUUUGUUGAACGGCGAGAAGUUGAACGAAGCCACGCUAGAGAUCACGGUCGAUGGGUACAACGCACCGCUCACGGCGGGGAACUUUGUGGAUAACGUACGGCGAGGGGUGUAUCGAAAUGCGCCCAUGCGAAGGAGCGAGACGGCUAUUCUCGGCGGGGCGAGUAAUCCCGACGCGCCGAGCGUGCCGCUCGAAAUCAAGGCGAGCGAUGCGUUCGAUCCGUCGUAUCGAUUUCCUUUGGACGUACAGAACGGCGAGGCGAUUCCGAGCAUCCCGCUGAGCAUCAACGGCUCGGUCGCCAUGGCUCGAUCGAGCGACGGACAGAGCGACAAGGAUCAAUUCUUCGUCUACUUGUUCGAUAAGCGGAGCGCCGGUUUGGGAGGGUUAUCGUUCGAAGAGGGCGAGUUCUCCGUCUUCGGAUACGUCACGAAGGGCGAGGAAUACCUCGGCUCGAUCGGCACCAACGCCGUGAUCGAUCGAGCGAAAAUCACGAGUGGCGAGGAUAAAUUAUUCAAUGGAGCCGUCGUGCCGAUCGAAACAGACUUCCCGGAAUCGACCCUCCCGGAGGUGUCCGAGCAGUAG